CACAAUAAGUACGGCGUGCGCAGAGUUGCACAGCCUGAGUCGUUAUUGACGCACCGUCUGCCUCUCCGCUCUGACGUCGGCCCAGCCCUUCUUCGCCCGAAAAUUUCAACCGCACAGCACGUUUCGAGCCGCGUGUCAAUCGUCAAGCCCAAAAGUAAGCUCUAAAUCAAACUAAAAAUGGCAGCUGAUUCGUGCAGUAUCUCAAAAGACAAAGUCUGGGUUGACAAAUCAUCCUAUGACAAAGCUGAAUGCCUGUAUCAAGAGAAACUAGGAAAGGAUGUACUACCUCAGAAACCUUUGACAGGGGAUGAUUCACCUCUUGGUGUCACCAACUCUACCAAAAAAUCCAAAAAAUCUACCAAUAAACAAAACAGUAUUACGACAAGUAAUAAUGACUCCAAUAACUCCGAAACAAUCAAAAGUAGUAAAAAGAAAAAUAAGAAGAAGGAGGCUAAAGUUGCCGAACCGCUUCUUGAUACCGUCGCGAUUAAAAUCGAAGAGUCAGAAAUAUCGCAGGGAAGCGUUAAUGAAACGCCUACCACUAGUAAUAAGAAGCUGAAGGCCAAAGAGGCUAAAGAGGAAAAAAAUAAAGCUGAUAAAAAACAGAAAAAUUCAGAUCAGGAUAAGCCUGCGAUUGUUAUUCAAGAGAAUAAAGGUCAAGAGACCAACCAGGGAGGCCAGUUUUCUGCAGGAAGCUUAGCCAGUGAGGUUGCCAAGGCUCGUGCUCACAUCAAACAGUCCCUGCAGUGUAUGGAUGGUAUUGCUGCACUAGCUGGACUUGAUAGUGAUUUCUCAACGCGGGUUGUUACUAUCGAAAAGCAAAACCAGGAUCUCAGAAACACUGUCCAGGAGCUUAUGAACCAUGUCAAAAAGCUGGAAAGUCGUGUUAAAGAAUUAGAAAGCAAAUGUGGCUCUAAAGGAACCCCAGCCCCACAAAUCGCUGUUUGUCCUGCUAAGAAGCCCGCUCUUCCCAAGAAAGAGGAGAAAAAAGAAGAGAAGAAAGACGAUGAUGAGGAUGUAGAUCUAUUUGGCUCAGAUUCAGAGGGAGAAGAUGCGGAAGCGCAAAAGGUCAGAGAAGAACGCCUGGCAGCCUAUGCAGCCAAGAAGUCAAAAAAACCAGCUAUCAUUGCCAAAUCGAGUUUAAUUUUGGAUGUUAAGCCAUGGGACGAUGAAACUGACUUGAAAGUCCUAGAAAACGAAGUGCGGAAGAUCGAAACAGAUGGUCUUUUGUGGGGAGCAUCGAAACUUGUACCUGUUGCUUACAAUAUUAAAAAGCUCCAGAUUACCUGUGUUGUUGAAGAUGACAAAGUCUCCAUCGAUUGGCUGACUGAACAAAUUCAAGAAAUCGAAGAAUAUGUCCAGAGUGUUGACAUCGCGGCCUUUAACAAAAUUUAAAUCUAACUGAUUGAUUAAUUCUCAAAAUAAAUCUCAUUUUUAAAAAACUUGAACGUUGUCUUAUGGAGUGGGACUCAUAGUGCCAUUUGUUUAAUGUUAUUUCAUUCCACUUACGAUACCAGACCAUCAAUACAAGUUUUGCAAUAUCGAACAAAAUUUUAAUAAACAGUCUUUUAGACAUUAAUGAUUACAUACUCUUGAACAUAAAAUUAAUGUGCAAUCAUAACGUUGUUUAAAAAAUUAUUACGUAUAUUGAUAAAGUUACACAAGAGUACUUUAAGUCAUGGAGAAACCUGUCAAAAUAUAUUUUUAUUUGGAUAUAUUUAUGUACUUGUGGUAAUUAGUUACAAAAAAGUUCACACAAAUUUCUUUCAAUGCUAUCCAAUAAUCGUGUUUAUGCACAAAUAGCUUUAAAAUCGUUUGAUGUUCCUUAGUACUUAAAUAGGACAUUAUCAAAAGUAAUUUCUUUUAAUAAUGUAGUAAAGUUAUGAAUAUAAAUCUGCUUAAAUAUAUAGUUCAGUAUAAGACAGUUUUGAUACACAAUUAAUUGUUUAUUAAAAACUUUUUUAAAUAUUUAUUGAUUUAAUGUGGACUUGUUCAUGUUGUUCGCGCAUUGAGUUCCUUGUUUGUGUAGUGAAAAAGCAAUUAUUAUCAGUGGCUGUAUUAAACAAUUAAAAUUGGAAUCAAAAA